AAUCACAUAGCAGGAACAGUGGAAGGGAUUUGCGAGAGGGAAUCCUCGCCAUGGCUCAUGAACUGGAUGUCUUUGUUGGCAACACCACCCUGAUAGAUGAGGAGGUCUAUCAACUCUGGUUGGAUGGAUAUUCAGUGAGUGACGCUGUGAACAUAAGGCUGAAAAGUGGCAUUCUGGAGCAGACCGGAGCAGAAGCGGACGUCUUGCAGAGUGACACCAUGGAUCACUACCGUACAUUCCAGAUGAUCGAGAGACUCCUUCAUUACCCGCCAAAACUUGUGCAGCAGCUGCUCUUCCAGAUACCUCCUUACAAACAGAGCAUGCUGAUUGAGAGGUAUUAUGCGUUCGAUGAAGCUUUUGUCCGUGAAGUUCUGGGGAAAAAACUUUCUAAAGGUACUAAGAAAGAUCUGGAUGACAUAAGCGCAAAGACCGGGGUAACAUUAAAAAGCUGCAGGAGGCAGUUUGACAACUUCAAGCGUGUGUUCAAGGUAGUAGAGGAGAUGAGGGGGGCUCUUGUGGAGAACAUUCAGCAGAAUUUCUUGCUGUCAGACAAGCUUGCCAGGGAUUACGCUGCCAUUGUUUUUUUUGCUAACAGUCGCUUUGAGACAGGGAAGCGUAAGCUGCAAUACUUGACGUUCGAAGACUUCGCCACUUGUGCUGAGCAGUUAAUUCAGAACUGGACGCUGGGAGCCGUAGAUGUCGCUGAUGACAUGGAUAUGGAUUUAGAUAAGGAAUUUCUCCAGGAUUUAAAAGAUCUGAAGAUCCUGAUUACGGACAAAGACCUCCUGGACCAGCACAAAAGCUUGGUGUGUACAUCUCUAAGAGGGAAAAUCGGUGUCUUUAAUGAAAUGGAGUCAAACUUCAAGACGCUGUCUCGGGCUGUUGUGAAUAUUGGGACCAGUCUCACUCACAACAAAGAUGUCAGAGAUUUCUUUAUUGACCUUGUGGAAAAGUUUAUAGAGCCCUGUAAGGCUGCUGGCUGGUCAUUUUCAGACGUUCAGCUUUUCCUUACUCAGUAUACAGCGUCUGCUCGGGCUCUUGAUGCCUUCAAGCAACAAUCUCUGUGGGAGCGAUACAUGGGUACCCUACGAAGCUGUCUUCUGAAAAUGUACCACAACUAACUUUAGACUUUGCCUUGUAGCCAUGAAUGUUAUUAUCUGGCUCUAAUCACUACCGUGUCUAAAAGGUGUCGGGGGAACUAACACCAUUCACACCAGUGUUCUGCCCUCUGCAUGCAUAUAAAGUCUGUUAAAUCUUGAUUGCCAACAUUUUGUGUAUAUAUGUAUAUAGAUUUGUCUUUUUAAUUAAAAUGGUUAAACUA